AUGGCUGGACAGCUGCACAGAUUUCUGAUCGUACUGAUCGCCGCCUCGGUCUGGGCCCCUUCGAUUCCUGAGAUCUCUGCCAAGAGCUGUGGAUCGCGGCUCCAGUUGCGAUCCCAGAACGAUGCCAUCGAUCUCAGUCGGCUGAGCGAGAAGCAGCUGCAGCAGCUCCUCCAGCAACUGGCCACCUUGCAGACCCAGAACCCCAAGGAGGAAGAUGGCGAUCCGUCGGAGGAGGACGAAGAUGCAGGGGAGGAUAGGGAUCAGGAACUGGAGGACCCCGAGAACGAUCAUCGCGGGGGCAGUCGUCCGUGGAACCGGGUGCAGAGGAUCAUCCGGCGGCAGCUGGUGAAGAUACCCAAGAGAUAUCUCAAGAAGUUCCUCAGGCAGUUCGGAUUGGCCAGGAGUGCAGGAUAUGACGGAUAUGUCGGAGUCAGGAGCACCGAUAUGCAGCCCCAGCUGAAGGAGUACUACCUGAUACCCCUGCAGUGAA